AUAUCGCGCGGAGCUUCGUAUUUGUUGUGCAGAUGUGACACGUCAAGACGUAUCCACGUGUCAAAAAUGUACGAGGUAUUUAUCUCUUUUUAUUUAACCGAAGUUGAGACAACGCAGUGAAUACGAUGGCAAAUACGGUGUUGCAAGUUAGUCGCCCGUGGAUGCGUGUUAUUAAAUAAUUUGUAGACGCUUAUUUUCGGACCGGUCUUCAAAAUGCUGAGGCGACGACAUGUCAACGUUAAGACGGUCAAAGAGCUGGACGCGUUCCCCAAAGUGCCCGAGUUGUACGUCGACAAGACCGCGGUUGGAGGAACGUUUUCCAUUUUCACAGUCUGCAUCAUCGCAUAUUUAAUAAUAGCCGAAACAAGCUACUUCCUCGAUAGCAGAUUACAAUUCAAAUUCGAGACGGACACUGAAAUUGACGCGAAACUGCAAAUGAACAUCGACAUAACAGUGGCGAUGCCAUGCGGCCGUAUUGGCGCGGAUGUCUUGGACUCCACAGAACAAGACGUGUUCGGCUACGAUUCCCUGGAGGAAGAGGACACGUGGUGGGAAUUGACGCAGGAGCAAAGGGCCCAUUUUGAAGCUCUGAAACACAUGAAUUCGUACUUGAGGGAGGAGUAUCAUGCUAUUCACGAGUUGCUUUGGAAAUCCAAUCAAGUUACUCUCUACAGCGAAAUGCCAAAGCGAUCUUAUGAGCCUGAUUACCCGCCAAACGCCUGUCGCAUUCACGGCAGUAUAAAUGUAAAUAAGGUCGCGGGAAACUUCCAUAUAACCACCGGAAAGUCUCUGAGUGUGCCUCGUGGUCAUAUACAUAUCUCCGCGUUUAUGACCGACCGAGAUUAUAAUUUUACUCACCGAAUCAACAGAUUUUCUUUCGGCGGCCCUAGUCCGGGUAUCGUGCAUCCUCUGGAAGGCGAUGAGAAAAUUGCAGACUAUAACAUGAUGCUGUACCAAUAUUUCGUGGAAGUUGUCCCUACGGAUAUUAGAACAUUGUUGAGUACAUCCAAGACGUACCAAUACAGUGUCAAGGAUCACCAGAGGCCGAUUGACCAUAACAAAGGGUCCCACGGGGUACCGGGAAUUUUUAUCAAAUACGACAUGAGUGCGCUUAAAAUUAAAGUAACCCAGCAACGCGACACGAUCUUUCAGUUUUUAGUGAAAUUGUGCGCCACUGUGGGCGGAAUUUUCGUUACAAGCGGACUGAUUAAGAAUAUUGUACAAAGUUUCUGGUAUAUCGUGUGCUGCAAGUUCUUGAACUCCGAGACGAAGGCGGACAACGACAGAUUAUCCGCUGCGCAUUCCGCGAAUUACCGAGCGCCUGACACCAUAAACUUACUUGAUGUCGCAGCCCCACAAAGUAUCGAUAUCAUGCUGAAGCCUCAACAAGAUUAAUUCGUAUCAUGAAUUAGUACUUGCAGCGCGAGUGCGAGGAACGUAUGGAGACGCGCUACGCUAAUGCAGCCGAGGAAGCGAAAGAAAAAAAAAAGAAGAAGUAUGUUUUAUAACAUCAGUUUCCGCAUGGAAAAUUAUUUAAUACAGAUGGUUUGUAUAUUAAGCAAUAUUGUGAUAAUAAAUCAUGUUUCAACGGUCGUAGUGUUUCGACGGCGAGUCGUGCGGACUUUUUACUCUCA